UAACAGUAAUGUUACAUAAAUAUUAUUAUCAAAAUGAACACGAUAAAUAACAAUUUCAGUUGCCCCUUAAAGGCUGCAUCACACCAAGCAUAAAUAUCUGGAGAGGAGGAGAAGUCAGGCGUGCUACAAUUCCGACAAAAUACUCUCCUUUAAUUUUUAUUUACUAUCCAAAAAGUACAUUCCUUAAACCUAUCCUUUCCAUUCCAGUAAACUCGCUUGGUCCUUUCAUAGAGAGAAACAGUUCGCAUACUCCAAAUACAUACUAAUUCCACUUUCAUACGAGUAACUAUACCCUGUUACCAAUACAAGUCUCAUCAAGAAGGUAUUCCAGAGCUCCGCAUCCGUUCUCCUUGAUGCAGCAUCGUUCCAUACCCAGCACAUAACACAAUCCCAUGAUCGGCGGUCAACGAGUUCUCAGCAAGGUAUAAGUGACCGCAGUGAAAGGCUGCGGUCGAGAAACGCUUUUAUGCGUUCGUUUUGUCUCUCUUCUUCCAACUCUCCGGACUCACCGGUUCUCUCAUCUAGUAAACGAUGGUAGUGGUAGUAGUUGCCUCAUACCAGAUUCCCCGUUAUGUUGAAGUCCGCGGACCUCAGGAGAGGGCAUGGAUCACGCACUCAGAGUCCUCAAAGAUCUCACCUUCUCAGGAUCUCAGCCUCCGGCCGUAGACGUACUGAUUUUUACUGCUAUGUCUCCCCACGCGAAUCCGUAAAGUGCCGUCCUCUUUGUACUGACUUGUAAAGAGCUUUCUUUGAGACAUACGAGAAACUUGGCAUAACGUGUAUCCAUCGUGCGUACACUUUUAUACACAACUGUUGCAGAACGCGCUCACUCAAGUUACUAACGUGCAUCAUAAAGUGAACAAGUGUUUUAUACGUGCAGCAUCUGGUUCUCUCUCUUUCUCAGAUGAUACGUAAUUUUGAUCGAAUGGCCAAGUGACGAAUUGACCUCAAAACCAAUCAACGAUUCCACCAUGGCUUCCUGGCUGGUGUACGGUCUGAUAUUGGCUAGUGCAAUAUUAUCAGAAUGUGCACAAUGGCGGCCCUGCGUAGAGCUCAAGAGGAACCUGAACGUUCCUUGCAAAUGCACCUUAUCGCCAAAUCAUCAAAGGGCCAUCGUCAUGAAUUGCGACAGGAUGAUCUUCACUCGGGAGACCUUGGAAAACUUGAAGGAUCAACCGAUAGUUUCACUGAGUCAAACGCACUGCGGAUAUCAGAGUCUUCCAGAAGAUCUUCUUCGCGCCGGUCUUCCUCUGGAGAAACUCGAUCUCUCUGGAAAUUUCAUACACAGACUAAUGGAUCGUCUUCUGCAAGUUCAAAAGCAUCUCAAGGAACUCAGACUAGCUGAUAACUUACUUGGUGAUAAUCUCAACCCAAUUUUCUCGAGCAAUGAGUUUCACGAGAUGUCUGAGUUGAGAUUGUUGGACCUCCGUGGAAAUGGCUUGAGAAGCAUAGAGGAAGGGAUCUUCAAGGGAUGCUGGAACCUUGAGGAAUUAUAUUUAGAUAAUAAUAAUUUGACGAUGAUACCAGCAGGAUCGUUAAAGGGACCAAGAGCCAUCAGAAUUUUAACCCUAGCGGAAAAUAAUAUCGCAUCUCUUCCUCGUGGUGCUUUUUCAACCUUGGGAGAAUCUCUGCUGCACAUUGACUUGAGUAAGAAUGAAUUGUCUUACAUGGAGGAUGGUGCACUGUCUGGUCUUGGUCGUCUACUGUUCUUCAACAUUUCCCACAACGAUCUGACUCGUUUCAAUAGCGACGUUUUCAAGGGUGCUUACAAUCUCCUGCAAUUGGAUCUCUCUGCAAAUUUUCUGCAAGACUUUCCAACUGAUGCUCUACGUCACUUAGAGGAUUUAAAAUUUCUCAAUAUCUCCAAUAAUUUGAUCACUGGAAUUGAACGUGCCAAUUUAGCGAGUAUGACUGAACUCCAAGUAUUGGAUCUUAGUAGGAAUAAUAUAGCGCGUUUAGGAGUAAACACAUUUUCCAGUCUUUCUUCUCUUAUUAGACUUGAUCUGAGUCUCAACGCACUAAGAACGAUCGAGGAAUCGUCCUUCGAGGGCUUGACAAAUCUGAAGUGGCUGUCCCUUCAAGAUAACAAUAUCUUAUUGAUCCCGACUUCAGCUUUGGCACGAUUACCAUCUCUUGCUCAUCUUCAUAUAGAGUUUAAUCGGAUAGCUGCUUUAUCGUCGGAUUUGAUACGUUCUGCAGCGCCGACCUUAGUUACUCUUGGUCUGACGCGUAAUUUGAUUCGCGAAAUACCGUCGAGACUGUUCUUUAAUUUUGAAAGAUUGACUAGCAUUAAACUUUGCGGUAACAUGUUGUCGUCAAUUUCGCAAAAUACCUUCACAGGUCUCGAAGACACCUUGUUAAAUCUUGAUCUUUCUUAUAAUCGAUUGACAGCCGUUACAGAGCUUCCUUUGCGAAAUUUGCUCUUAUUGAAUUUAGCGGGGAAUCAACUAAAGCGAGUCUCUCCUGAGACAUUUAAGUUUUUGCCAAAUUUACAGUAUCUAAACUUGAGUAAUAAUCCACUUUAUGGUGGUUUCCCACCGAUCUUCCCUUCGUCGUUAAUCACCUUGGACAUAUCAUACACCGGUCUAAAGAUAUUACCUUCUGUGCUAUUUCUAAAUCUCGAGUCUCUUGAGAAAAUAUCACUAGCAGGAAACCAUCUUCAGGAAAUUGUCGAUGGUACUUUUCAGCAUCUCUACAAUUUGUCAUCAAUUGACUUGUCAUACAAUGCUAUUGAGACUAUAAAGAAUAGUGCCUUCGUGGGACUCGUCAAUCUUUACGAAUUGAAAUUAAGAGGCAACAGGCUGACCAGCUUCGUAGGAGAACAUUUCAACACUGGAACUGGUCUAGAAAUUCUGGAUUUGUCUGAUAACAGAAUCACCACCAUAUCACCAACAGCAUUCGUAAUUCAUCCGAGAUUACGAGAGAUAGACUUAUCUCGUAAUCGUUUCACGCAUUUCCCAAGUGAUUUUCUGAAGUCCCUCCAGUUCUUGGAGAAGGUUGAUAUAUCUGGUAAUAUGUUGCGAACCGUGAAUGAGUUCGCUUUUUCACAAAUGGGACGCCUUCGAAUACUGAAUUUAUCAAGAAACAAAAUUGAAUCGGUAGAAGAAUUGGCAUUUCACAAUUCCACUCAACUGCAAAUAUUAGACUUGUCAAAUAACGAAUUGGAAUUGCUCAGCGAGCGUACCAUGGAAGGUGUUUAUCGAUUGGAAUUUUUAAAUCUGCAAAACAAUAAGCUGUCUUCCUUGCCAGAAACUAUAUUCGAUCCGUUAAGGAUUCGUGCAUUGGAACGAAUUAAUCUGUCUGGUAAUAAAUUCAACGAAAUUCCAAUUCGUGCUUUACAGAGACAAUCUUCGUCUUUGUUCGGGCUAAACAUUGCUAACAACAAGAUGAUAGAGGUUUUCACACAAGAUAUUGUGAGCAACGUCAAAGAACUAGAUCUCUCCAAUAAUCCCCUGAGUGAAAAUGCAGUAAGAGGCAUUUUGGGCGAGGCAAAGAUUCUCCGUUCCUUGAAUCUUGCCAAUACAGGAAUCAAGAAUAUUACCAGGCUGGAGACGCCUUUCCUAAGGUAUCUAAAUCUAUCAGGAAACAGUAUAACAGAUAUGAGAUCUCCAACACUAGAACGUACUACUCUACUAGAAACCCUGGACAUAUCCAAGAACAACUUAUCAGAUUUUAGCAAUCUAAUAUAUACAUUCCGGACGCUACCAGUGCUUCACGUAUUAGAUAUAUCUGGCAACGACGUGAAGACCAUCAAUGAGAGUAGUUUCAAUGGUCUUAACGCACUGCGUGUUCUAAGAAUGACAAAUUUAACAGAUUGUAUUAGAAUUGAAAAGAAUGCUUUUAAGCCACUAUCUAAACUACGAUCUCUCUACGCCUAUGAUUACCCACGACUUGGUUACUUCGACGUACAAGGUAUUCUCAAGGACAUGAGCAACUUGGAGGUUCUCGACAUAGAGAUAAAGGAUUCUUCAGUAGGAAAUGACCAGCUGUUCAUCGAAACUCAUCCAAAAUUACAAGAAUUGACCCUAAGAGGUGAAAGGCUUCGAAAUAUAUUGCUCAGUGCAUUGGUGGGAGUUCGUAGUUCAAGAUUAUACAUCGGCCUGAAGAAUUCUUCAAUCGAGUCAAUACCAGCAGCAUUAUUCUUCCCGGUUCCACGUUCUACCAAAAUAGAGUUAGAUAUUUCCGGUAGUCAAUUCUCAAAAAUAUCCCCACAACUAUUGGCAGCGCUGGACGAGCGAAGUGGUACAGUGAAGCUGCUGGGUCUGGAUACUAAUCCAAUAAACUGUGACUGUGAAUCAAAGCAUCUUUGGCGCUGGUUGAAAUCAUCCCGCAACGUCACUCCAAUCAGAUGCAAAACACCAGAGUAUCUUUUUGGCAGAGUCUUUACAGAUCUUCCAGAGGAUUAUCUCUCGUGCGAUCACACGUCAUCUACUAAGUUCCAAACAACUGAAACAACAACGUCUAUGAAGUCUACGACUUCUGAACCUGAAAUCAUCUGGACUGUUGCACCCACUGCACAUGAUAUGCAAAACAAGCACCACAAUGGUGAUCUGGCAAAUUCCUCAACUGGAAACACAACCGGUACUGACGAUACUCUGAUCAUUGGUAUCGUAGGUGGCGUCGUGGCGUUUAUAGCUAUCGUCGUCAUUAUUAUUUGCAUAUGCCGUAUUAGGUGGAGCAAUCAAGUCAAUGAAGCUCGCAUGGCAGCUAUGACUUCCAGCAUACACGAAGCUUCUGUUAUCAGACCAGGCAGUACUUAUUCAGGAAAAAUGAACCAGGAACUUUAUAUGGGAUCUUAUAAUGGAUCGACUUUAGAUCAUGGUACUGGUAUCGCAGGAUCACCUGUACCUACAACGCCAGUUCAGAUGAUGCCAUUUGUGCAACCUAUGCAUAUGGUGCAUCCUGUGCAUGUUCCAUCGUCUCAACAAAUUUACGGGUAUUAUGAUAAUCCCCCUCUACCUAUGUAUAUGACGUAUUCUUCAGAAAAUAAGUUCGAUAGAUAAUCACGGUAGCCGUGGAAACGUUCGUGCGUUUUUUUUAAAAGCUUAGUCAUUUAGAGAAAUGCAUGCAAUUAUUCAUGUUCUUUUUUAUGAUGAUUAUGUGUACGUCGCAUGUAUUUUCCAUGUGACAAGAUACGCAGGUAAUAAUUAUUGAAUGUAUUUCCGGUGCUUAUUUUUAUCUGCUGUUCCAAUACUUCUUGUAUGUACUAAUGCAGCGAUUACAUCCACGUUCAGAGCUAAGCUAGAGUGAAAAAAUACUUUGUCAAGUUUUUUAAGCUUGACUACGAAUAUGUAUCGGUUUCAUAUUAUAAAUUAUUUUAAUUAGUACGCGUUAAAUAUUCGCUACGUAAUAUAAUUAUUGUUCUGCUACCAAAUCCGUGAGACAUUAUAAAUAGAUGUAAUUGACCUGUGUCAGAGUUACAAACAGAAAUGAAUAUUCAUGCGUGUUGUCUUCGCUGUAUGUCAUUGAUAUAUGAAGAUAUUAGAGAACGGAUUAUAGAUAAUACGAAUGUAUUUUUAUAAAGUAUCUCUAAGAGCGAGUUUAUGUUCACGCAGUAGUGUAAUUUUAUAUUACAAACCUACAUAUUGUACAUAUUCAUAUCAAAUGUUUUAUUUAAUUUAUAUGCUAAUAUAAUGUAAUUAUUCAUAAUAAUAAAUUAUGCGUAAGAUUAAAAGUUAUGCAAUAGGCCAUGAUAAAUUCCUUGAUACGCAUGUAAUCAGAAAUUGCAAAACGAAAAAAAUGUUUGCUCAUUUGA